AUGGAAUCACCUACGCUCUCAGAGAGAAUGGCACGAUGGCAAAUCCUAUUUUCUGAGUAUGACAUAACGUAUGUGAGCCAAAAGUCCAUAAAGGGAAGCACGAUAGUUGACUUCUUGGCAAGUCGAGCAAUGGAAGAAUAUGAACCAUUGAGAUUCGAUUUCCCGGAUGAAGACUUGAUGGGCAUUUCUAAAAAGGAAGGUGAAUCAUCAAAAGUUCAAUCAUGGAAGAUGAGUUUUGAUGGUGCAUCGAACGCAUUAGGGCACGUGAUAGGAGCAGUCUUAGUGUCACCAGAAGGGAACCAUUAUCCGCUCACUGCCAGAUUGAAUUUCUUCUGUACCAAUAAUAUAGCGGAAUAUGAAGCUUGCAUCAUGGGGCUUUGUUCAGCUAUCGAAAGGAAAAUCAAAAUUUUAGAGGUGUAUGGGGACUCAGCAUUAGUGAUUUAUCAAAUCCGUGGAGAUUGGGAAGUGAGGGAUUCAAAAUUAGUCAAAUAUCGCGAUCUCAUUGCGGAAUUGGUCAAUGAAUUCAAAGAAGUGACUUUAACUACUCCCAUGAGAAGAAAACCAAUUGGCUGA